AUGGAUAAUGUAUUAAACAACAAUUGUAAUUGAUUUUAAAUUAUUAUGAUCCAACAUAAUUAUCAAAGACAGGAUUUUAUAACUACCUAAUUUUUUUUUCUAGUUGAAAGCAAAUGUUCAACAGUGUCUCAAUGUAAUAAAACAACGCAAAAAUGUCAAAAACAAUACCUUUCAGGCCAUAAUCAAAUAAUAAAUUUAUUGGAAGAUUGGACUUGAGCGAAAAAUAUAUUGUUUAAUCGAGUAAACCAGAUUAUAUUUAGAAGAAUAAUUCUACCACUACAAUUAUUUAGAAAAAUAGUAGGGAAGACAUUCAAAUUAGUAGGUAUGUAGGUAUAUCAAUAUGAUGUAUUAGUUAGAUCAUGCAAUGUUAAUAUUUGGUUGCCACCUGUAGGAUGAAGGGCUUGAUUUGUUAGUAUUUUAUCUUUUCCUGAAAGCAUUAAAUUGAGUUUCAUAUAUAAAUUAAUGUAAAUGUACAAUACAUCAGACUAUAUUUCCACUUAAUAUUUGGUCCCGAUUUUUGACUCGUAGUGUAAUGCAAAUAGGUUGCAAUGUAUAUUAUCAUUUUUAUCUACGAUUCAAUUCACUGUAUUGUAUUUUGUGUACAGGUCUAAGUAACUUAGUGUAUCCAUUUUAUUUGUUUGAGAUAGGACUCAGUUUACGAACAAUGUUAAAAUGGUACACCAUUUAUAAAAUUUAUAAAUUAUUAGAUUUACAUAUUAUUUUUUUAUAUAUUACCUGAAGAGUUACAGUUGAUUACAUGAGAUGCAAACAUAUUUUCUCCAAAUUCAAAAAUUCUGAGAUUACAGAAAUGGUUAAACAUAAUAAGCCGUACAAUUUUAAAAUAAAGGAAUUUUAGAAAUUGUAUGGGCAUUUAUCAGUUUCCUUUUUUUUAUCCUUUUUUUCGGUUUUUUCUAAUUAUUAUGAAAAUUAAAAAUCUACUUUCUGCUUGAGCUAUUAAAUUUAAUACGACAAAAGAGGUUUCUUGUAAAUUUUUGAUUGAAGUUACACCUUAAAUAUUCUUGUUUUUUCUACCUUUUUUUUUUUGUUUUUACCGAUUAUUUUGAAAACCGCUGAAAAAUCAAAAAAUAACUUCUAGUACCAACGAUAAAAUUUCUUUUAGAAAAGGUGCCAUAUAGUUAUAAAAAUAAUAAUUAUAAUAUUGUUUUUAAUAAAUUGUCUAUAAAAUGUUUAUUGACAAUACUAUGUUAACAAAUUAUUAAGUUAAAAUGUGUUUAAAUUUAUUUUUAAAUCUCAAAUAAUAUAUAAUAAUACAUAUACUUUUGUUUAAUUUAGAUUUAUUACCAUACUAUACAGAGUUAAUAAAAUAAUACGGUUCAAUGAUCCAUUUAUACCUUGUGACUCAAUAAUCCAAGUGAUGUAAAAGUAAGUGAAUUUAAAUAUUAUUUACUUGAUGAUGUGACAUAAAUUUGAAUCAUUUUUCAUUAUUAUAAAAUAAAUUAUAGAUUUGUUUGAAAUUGUAUAUUUCAUAAAUAUUUUUCAAAGUUAUUAUAAUUUUGUAUGUAUUUUUUUUCUUGAAGUAGAAUAUAAUGUGUAAUGCUGGGUGUAAUGUUAACUAUAUGAAUUUGAAACAAUCUCAUUUAAAUUGUAACUUCUAAAAUAUUUAAUUUUAUAAACAAAAUACUCAUAUAUAUAUAUAUAUAUUAUUAUAUUAUUUUAUAUGUUUUGUUCAUAAUAAUAUAUUUUAUUAACAAAUGUAAUAUGAUUUAUACCUAAGCAAUAUAAUAUUAAUUACAUAUUUCUCAUUUAAUUUAAUAUACUCAUUGCUGGUCAAUAGUUAUAUAGUAAUUACAUAACUCGUUAUAAAAUUACUGGUGUGCUAAUGUACAAUUGAUUGAUAGGUUAUUUUGUCCAGUAUUAUCUUUAAUACCAAAAGUCCAGAAUAGGAUUUAUUGAAACCUUGGCUAAACAAUGGACUAUUAUUAAGUACAGGUAAAUUUAUUUAAAUUGAUAUAGUAAUUGAGAUUAUAUAAUAAUAGACAUUAUAUUAUUUUACAGGUAUAAAAUGGCAAACCCGAAGAAAGCUGCUUACUCAAACCUUUCAUUUUAA